AUGGCAAUCAGUAACAUGGGAGGAGGCGAAGGAGAGAAGAGUACAUGGCACGGGGCAGGAGAGCUUUUGUAUGCUGAACAAGACAUCAACAUGGAGGACUAUCAGGAGACGCAGGUUUACAACGGCACAACAGCAGAAAAUCAUUGCGAUGAGAAGCGCGACUAUCAAGUGCAUGUGGAAUCAGAACGUGUUAAGAUUGGAUGCGACAUAGAGAGAGAGAAAGCGUCCUUCACUUCCAUUCAGCUCUGUUCGCUCCCCUCUGAACCCCAGUCAACACAAGCGGAGCAGCCCCUCUUCUGCUACAGCCCUAUCGCUUCACAGAAACAAGAGGCACUCUCUGCCAGUAGUAGUGCGAGGACGGCUAACUUCACUGACAUUCCUGCUGAGAUUCUUCAUGUUCAUAUCCGACAAAUUUGCCAUGAAGCUCUUGAUAGCACGGAAACAACAUCGCAAGGCACACAAGCAGCGAAUGCAGCAGCUCCAAUGCGACUUCAUUUGAUUCACGAUGAAGAGUCUUCUGAGCAGAUGAAAGAGCUUGUUCGAGACAGAAGGGCGCGAGACGAGGUUUUCGAGGAGUUUGAGCUUGCGAGUCAAGCUUCUUCCGAUGUCAAAUCUCAAGAUUCAGUCAUGGGUGUCAAGGUUUCGACUUUCACACGACCAUCCUCUGUGGCUCUGAACAAGCUGACACCUGCGGCGGGGUUGUUUGCUGUCAAGAAAUCUUUGUUCAUGACCAAGGAUAAUCAACUCUCAGACAAGCAUCAGCCUCCUGAAGACGUCAGUCAAGAUCAGAUGGUGAAGAACAAGCAGCAGAGCCUGACAUCUGCAAGAGAAACCAGAGAUAAGGAGCGUGCGAUAAAAGAAGCAUCACAGUUGCACUUGGAAGUCAAUCAUGCGGUAGAAGUGAAGUCAGACUUCACUGCUUGCGAGACAGCAUCACAGACAGAUCGAGUAGAUCAUAUGGAAACAAAGGCUUCGCAAGCUUGCGGAGUCAGGGACAAGGAGCCUCAGAACGAUGCGGAUGAUUCAGACACACAAGAUGAGGACCCUGAGGCAAGCCCCUUAAAUUCCCUUGAUGAAACGCGCAAGCUAUCGAAAUCCAAUCCUUCUGCAAGAUUACUCCAUAUGCCACCUGAACUCCCCGACAAACAAAAAGAAAAUGUCGACAAGCAGACUGUCAGUGCCGCACGAUGGCGACGUGAAGAGGUUGACGAGUAUGGUAACGAGCGCGAUGCCCUCCAAGUCGUUCGAGUUGCGUCCAGUCGCAUGGAAGUCGAUGGUGGGACGACUGCGUCCCUUGCGUCCCCUGUGAGCGGGCGAGGCAGAGACUCGAAGAGAAAGUUUGGAGAAAUUGAGGAGGAGAAGUCGGAUGAUGAAGGAGGACAGACGUCACGUGAGGAGUCGCCGAUUUUACUGAUUCCAAGAAGAAACGUUAGACGAGGAAUGUUAGAGGAGGAGGAGAGCAGAGUCCGAGACAGUGAAAAGGAGGCAGAGACUCGCGAUGUACAUGAUAAGGCAUCCGAUGAGCAGGCAACGCGAACGAACGAUUCAAACAAAGAUGCAGAUGAUACGAAGCAGAAGAAGAGGAAGAAGGGCAACAAACUUCUCCCCGGCUGCUGCGUCAAGUGUGCCGUCAGUCGUUCGAGGGAGUGGCAUGAGAGCGCUCUCGGGACGAUCUGCGACGUCUGCUUUCUCUACCACGCGAACAAUCGGCUCGUUCUUCCGAAAGAGUCUGGAGAGCACAAUGAAGACGCUUGGGAAGGGGAAGACGUUCAACCGAGUGCCUCGUCCUGUGAGGCUAGUCAAGUCUACAUGGCUGGGGGAGCAGCUGCCGCCCCUCCUGCAGGAGGAGCCUCCUUCCGCGUCAAGAUGAUCCCAGGCCUGUGUCGGCGUUGUGGCGCGAGGUGGUCGGAAGGUUGCCAAGUGUUUGGUCUCUCAGAAUUUGAUGAAGAGGGUGGAGAGGAUGCGCGAGGCCGCGAUGAACUAGUUGAUGACCUGGCCUCGUCCUCCUCGCUCUUCUCAGGCGUGAACUUCAUCAUCACUUCAAUCCGAACCAACGAUCCACACUUCGGAGGAAGCUGCGGACGCGAAGGACUUGUUGCCACCAUAAAUCGACAUGGAGGGAAAGUGAUGGAGAGAGUAGAAGAGUGCAUGAACGAGCGAGAGGAUGUGAAAGCUUUAAUCUUGUCCUCGGUUCCUUGUCAGACCUUCAAGUACCUCGCAGGACUGGCUGCUGGCAUACCUCCCGUGGGCACCCAAUGGAUUGUCGAUUGCGUGACAGAGAAGCAACUGCUCGCUCCUCACUCGUACAUGCUUGACGCCGGCUUUGACCCCAAGAGCCGCAAGAGAUACUCGUUCACCAAGUCAGGAAACGAUUUCUCUCCGACUCCUCAACUCGCGCGCUGCUUAAGCUCCGUGCGCGUCAGCGUUUUCGGCCCCGCGGCAUUUCGAUCUGAGAUGGAGGGAAUCUUGCGCAUGGCCGGUGCCAUCCCCUCCGCCUUCGACUCCUCCGUCUACUGUAUUCUCAGCAGCCACCACGAGGCUCCUCCAGCAGCGGUUGUGUUGGAGGCUCAGCAGCACAAGAUUCACAUCGUAGACAAGGAAUGGUUACGCCAGUGCGUGUGGGAGCAGACACGCGUGGAGCCCUCUCGUUUCGCCAUUCCCUUGCUCACCCAUGGCGUCAAAGUCCAGCUGCUCGCAGGAGACAGAUGGUCGCCAGUGGACGAGGACGAGAAAGUGGUCGCGAGCUGCGACGGGUCGAAGUUCCAAGACGAGAAGAGCUGGUUCACCUUAGAGCAGCGACCGCAAGAUCAAGAGCGCAUGACAAGGCGCUUCGCCUUUCGAACGUCCAGUGGUCGCUUUCUGUCGCUCCUCCCCGACGGCUUUUUAGGCCUGCAUGACGUGGCGACGCAUUGGGAGCAUUUCACGCUGCGGGCUGCGAAGGACAAGUACAAGUUGCGGUCCUGCCAUGGCUCCUUCGUCACCUGCAGGCCCUUGGGCUCAGGGCAAGACGCAACGGUUGGCGGAGAAGCCGAAGGAGUCGCAGGUCUGCAGGACUUCAACAUCAGGGUGCUGAUCAGGGUGCUGAUACAGGGGUUCCCUGCUGGAUGUGAGCAUGGCACCGAUCAAGAGCGGGAAGCCGGAGGGAUCUCAUGCUGCUGUCUCAAGAGAGCCUGUCGACCUCUCACUCGAGAGGACAUGUCGACGCUACAUGCAAACUCUUCAACCUCCUUCCUAUCGCCCGGGCCCUGCAGCAUUUGCGGGGCCUCUCCCAUGCACAGCGUGAUCUCGAGCGGGGCCGUGUCACAGGACACGGAAGCGAGAUGGCUGGCGUUCUUCUGCCUGGGUUGCAGCAGAAGCUUGGAGGGAGGGAACAUGAGCAUCGUAACGAUGAGGAAGAAUCUCAAGGGAAGAUGGUGCUUGCGAUGCAAGCGGAUGGCGAUCUUCGGGCCUCCACGGACACCUCUGAAAUGCAACACAAGACCUUGUUAUGCCCCGGUUCAAGACUCUAAGCCAAGAUUCUGCGCCAAGCACAAGCUGCCAGGUCACGUAGAUAAAGUUCAUGCGCAAUGCGAGGUUCAAGGAUGCUCUGCCCUCGCCAUCUACGGCAGCAAGGUGCUUGAGCGUCUUCCUCGCACGGCUGACUGGCAGCAGGAGAGAGGCAGGAGGGCGAUCUACUGCGCGAUACACAAGUCAAGCGAUCAGCUUGUGUUUCUACUUUUUCGUUUCAUGUCCGACGCUAUCGAAUUGGAGUGCGGAAAGGACCACGCAUGCGGAAUGCUUCCUGACUUCCGCGAGCCUUCAGGUAGAGGAGCAGGAGUCCAUCUGACGUCGCUCACCCACCACCAGCUCGACGAGGGUGGAGUUCCCCUGCCUCACUUCACUUCCAACGUCUCGACGAACCGAGCGACAGGCGGGUGGGUGAAGCGAAUGCUCGUGAGCAUGUGCAGUGAGGUGCUGGAGGACUGGGAGAGCUUCUUCCUGGAGGCGACGAGACACUUGUGCUCUUCCAGCGGCAACGUGAUGCGAUGCGACUCUAACUCAUUUAGGAGAAGGAGGAUGGAGAUGGGUCAGUUCAAGAAGGAGAAGGAGAAGAAGAAGAAGGAGAAGACAAAGAGAGUUGAUGGGCAUGGCAUACACACAGAACCUCAAAAUGCGGGGGAUCAAAUACAAAAUUUGUCAUCCAGCCCUCCUCAUGAAACAUACAGCGUGAAGGUCACGUUUGGAAAGGAAAUGAGAAGAUAUGUUGUGAAGACGUACGAAGAACUGCUUGAGGCAAUGCAGAAGUCGUUUCCAUCCAUGAAUGCGAAGGGUACGAGAAUGUCCUUCAGGUGCGCAAUGGUGGAGGAGGGAUGGCGAUGGGGAUGA